AUGGAACUUUUCCUCAAAUAUUUCUUUCACAUAUUUCACGGUAUUGCUGGUUUUUUCGGAAUUCUUCUGAAUCUGAUUCUCCUUUAUGUUUCUAUCACAAAAUCACCAUCGACUAUCAAAACUUAUUCAUUUUUAAUAGUUAAUUUUGGAAUUACUGAUUUGGCAGCAGCGAUUCUCUCAGUUUUCAUUGAACAACGAGUUAUUCCAAUUGACCGAACUCUUGUUCAUGUUUCCUAUGGUCCUUGUAUUUAUUUCGGUCCACAAUAUUGCUAUGCUGGUUACAGUAUGAUGCUUCAUUUUUUCAUGCAUUCUCAAUGGUGUCUCCUACUCUCAUUUUGCUAUAGAUUGUUUGUUUUGAAAAAUUCUACUCCAAAAGCUAGAAGACUUUUUGGAGUUAUUUUUCUGGUUUAUAUACCAUCAUUCAUACAGUUUGUUAGUAAAGAACAAUUUAUUGCACGGGGUUUGAAUUGA